CGUUCCUAUUCACACGUCUUUUGGUGGAUAUCAUAAAUUAGCGUUGUCGGCGUUAUCGGAGAAAACCUACAACCGACUUUUCACAGCGCCGUAAGCUGUACGCCUCCAAGGCUCUCGCUGUUUGCUUUCAGACCUUUAGCAUGAGUGAUUUUUAUGUUAGCAUAACCAAAAGCCAUGCCGACAUAUACGCGAAGUUUCGUCCCACUGCUCCACAAGCUCUCAUUGAUCAGAUACUGAAGUUCGUGAAAGAGAAGAUAUCAGACCUGAACCUUGCAGUAGAUGUUGGCUGUGGCCCUGGCACAAGUACAACAGCACUGGCCUCAUACUUCAAAGAAGUUCAUGGCUAUGACAUAUCUGAAGCACAAAUCUCUGAAGCAAAAGCACUUCACAAAUUAAAAAAUGUUUCCUUUAGUGUGUCACCAGCCGAGACGAUCACUGAAAAAGAUCAAUCUGUGCAGUUGGUGAUGGUAAUGCAGGCUGUUCACUAUUUCAACUUGGAUGCAUUCUACAAGGAAGUAAUAAGAAUCCUGGUGCCACAUGGGGUGCUGGCACUCUGCAGCUACCUGAUUCCCAAGCCUGUUAGCAAGAACCAGGAGAGGAUGGACAGUAUAAUAGACAAUGAAAUCAUCAAGGGUAUACCAAAGGAAUACUGGCCAUCGGCUUUAGAUGUUGUCAACAACCUGUAUCGAGACAUCCAGCCUGCUUUUGAGGAUCACAUUCGGAUAGAGUGCAUUGAGGACCGUAAGAUGAGGACUGUUGCUGACUAUGUGAACCUCACAAAGACAUGGUCAGCGUACAAGCUUUUCCUCAAGCAGCAGCCUUCAGAAGCAGACGAGCUGUGUCGAAAGUUGACAUCUAUACUGAUGGAAGAUGUUGGCAAAGUUGGAGAAGAUCCAGAGAAAACAAGCCUUGAAGUGAAGACUCAAUUCUUCAUGAUUUUAGCAAGAAAGCCUGGGUCUAAAUAAUUUGUGCGAUUUGUAUAACUGUGUAUAAUAAAUCACACAUAGCACGUGUGAUGCUCGUGUGACUGUGGAAUUAAGUCUACUCAUAAUGUUAUUAUAUGGUGGAAAUAAACAUUGUGUAAAUGUAUAUGAUGUGAAUAAAUGUAAUUUGCUUCA